GCCCCAAGCCAAACGCACAUCUGCAGAGCCUUUUCAUAUUGCUUUGCAAACCAGUUUGAACCAAGCAGCAGCAUUAGCAAUGGUGCCCUGACCAUGCACACUGAUGUAGACGCAAGCAACUUGCAAGCGCUAUGGGCCAGACGACGCGACAACAGUGCCAGUGCGGGCACACUAACAAAUGGACUCUGGCGGGCGUAGCCCAGGGCGUAGCCCUCGUGAUAGUGCUCUUCUCCCUUGCACCGUCUCCCAGCGAGGCUGCUUGGAUCCGCGACGGUCGCUGUGACUAUAUUAACACGUGCAACACCGGCGGAAAUUGCUACGGUCGCCUUACCACGUAUUGGGACGGCUGCCCCAGCGGCCAGCGUGAAUUUAAUCGCUGGCAGGAGGAGGACUGCAUCUGGACGGACUGCACCCUUGGCAGCAGCUGCCCAAGCGGUCGCAGCUAUUCCGGCUGCGACUGUUCCGACUGCUUGCUUUGUGGAGGGCUGGUCGACCGCAACUGCAACAACGGAGGUCGCUCCAAAAAGCAGUGCUGCAAGAUCCGAGACAGGGUCCAGUGCGCCGUGUCGUACUCGUGCACUUAUAUCGCUGAAGGCCGUUGUGGGCCCAUCGCGCCAGACGGGGUUGAUUCUGAGACGUUCACGUCAAAUGGAUACUCGACCACGACAUGCAACACCGCUAAUAACCGCGCCUCCUGCCCUUCUGGCGAAACUCAGUGUGGCUGCGACACUGGCGGAAUCAGCGUGAACGGCGUCACGUACGGGCGUGCGUGCUGCUGUUGGACGCGCAGAAGUCCACCGCCGCCGCCACCGUCACCCCCUCCCCCACCUCCGCCAUCCCCUCCCCCUCCGCCGCCGCCUGCCCCCCCUCCAUAUGCUUCACCACGGUCAUCAGGUGCCAUUUUGUCCGCGGACAAUGUGCAGCAGCCUCGCAGUAGCAGCGGCAGCGGUGGCGGUGGCAUCAGCGGCGGGGCUGUGGCAGGAAUUGUUAUCGCUAUUCUCGCAGCCGUGAUAGCACUGGCUGCGGGUGGCUUCUUCGUCUACCGUCGCCGCCGUGCUGCCGCUGAGAGCCCCCCUACCGCUUCAGCGGCUGCUGGCUCUGCUGGUAGCGGACACACUGACGGCGCUGGUAAGCAGCAGCAGCCCUUCCACAACGCAAUCGCAAAGGCCCGCACCGCCAUGGCCGGCCUUGGUGAUAAGUUGCGGGAUAUGCCUCCCGGCGCCUCUCCGAAAGCAGGGCAGGGCGAAGUUGGCAGUAACGCGCCUUGCGCAGAGAAAGGCUGCACCGACUGCAACUCUGGCGGCAGUGAGGCGCCUGCUGGCGCUGUGGGCGGCACUGCUGGUGCCGCAGCAGCAGUGGCCGGCGGCGCAGUCACUUGGUCAAGCCGCAUGUCUGGGCUGCAGUCGCGAUUUGCAGCCAUGGGUGACCAGUUCCGUGGUUCCAUGAUGAGGGCGGCCGGUAAAGGGGGCGCCACCGCCGCUGGAUCUGUCACGGCCCAGGCGCCCGGGUUUGGAGCUCAACCGCAGCCUAUCACCUCGCCCCCCGCCGCUCAACCAUUGUACGGCGGCCAGCCGAUGGCGGACAUGCCCCAGCAGCAGUACCAGCAGCAGGCGUCCGUUCCCGGUGGCGGCAACCCCCUUUUCCCCCAGAUGCCCAUGCAGCAGCAGAAUGUGCCCCCUGCUGCCGGCGGCAACCCUCUGUACCCCCAGGUUCCCAUGCAGCAGCAGCUCGCCGUGCCGUACGGUGGCAACCCACUGUUUCCUCAGCCCGGGCCCCAGCAGUCUCAGCCUCAGCCGCAGAUGGUCAUGCAGAUGAUGCCGGACGGCACGCAUCAGCCCGUGAUGGUCAUGCCAGGAAGCGACGGAGGUAUGUUGAUGCCGGCGCCGGUGCCGGUGCAGGGCCAGCCCCAGCAGCCUCAGCAGCCCCAGCCGCAGCAGCAGUAACAGCAGUGACAGCAGCCCCAGCAGCAGCAAUAACAGGAGCAGCAUGCAUGCGCGUGUUAUCAUUGGUUGCAGCUACCAUAGGGGUGUGGGUAUAUUUCGUUUUGCCACACUAUGUAUGGCUGAAACCGAGUAAGGCCAAGCGCACGUACCUUGUGUUUCAAGGAGUUGUGAUCUUGGUGCGGCUUGUUCUGAGAGUAACAUGAAUGCUGAUCGCACUGACACAAGCCAGUCAGUUGUUAGGCCCAUUGUAGAUGGCCCUGUGUUUGGUUAAUGUGCGGUACGAUGGUUGCCGUCAAGUAGCGUAGCUGGAGGCUGAUGAGAACUGUCUGACCAAACUGAGUGAGCGCCUGCAAAAAGGAAAUACCGUAGUGCUACGCUCAAUGGGUACCACCAUUUCCAUGGGGCUGGGCUUCCGCCCUAGGCCGUCAUCAAAUCCCGUGCUACCAAACUUGAUUCCAACACGGUUUUGGGGCUUCACCAAAUCCAAAACCACUAAUCGAGCGCAGCACUACCACAAUGAGUCAUAAUGCAGGGCGUGGAUUAAGCAAGCCAACGGUUUGAGGGUUUGGAGUUCGGGGCACACGGGAAGGACGCUAUGCAGAAUGACAGCCGUUUGCUAACUCACGCCCGACAAGGUCUCUUCCCUCGCAUGGAAAAUAUG